ACAGGAGCUUGAGCUCAUCGUCGCCUGUGAAGAGAAAGAGAGAGAGAGAGAGGACAUAGGACAGAGAAAGAGAGAAUGAGCGGAGUGGCGAAGAAGAUAGCGGACGUGACGUUCAAGGCGGGGAAGGCCAUAGACUGGGAUGGUAUGGCGAAGCUUCUCGUCUCCGACGAGGCCCGCAAGGAGUUCGUUAACCUCCGCCGUGCCUUCGACGAGGUCAACUCCGCUCUCCAGACCAAGUUCAGUCAGGAACCGGAACCCAUAGACUGGGAGUAUUAUAGAAAAGGAAUUGGCUCUCGCUUGGUUGAUAUGUACAAAGAAGCAUAUGAGAGCAUUGAAAUUCCCAAGUAUGUGGACACCGUCACUCCUCAGUAUAAACCCAAGUUUGAUUCAUUGUUGGUGGAACUGAAAGAAGCGGAGGAGUUAUCCCUGAAGGAGUCUGAAAGAUUAGAAACAGAAAUUGCAGAAGUGCAAGAGUUGAAGAAAAAGCUUAGUACGAUGACUGCUGAUGAAUACUUUGAGAAGCAUCCAGAGCUGAAGAAGAAGUUUGAUGAUGAAAUCCGAAAUGAUUAUUGGGGCUAUUGAUGUCAGUUUCGCGUAUCAGUCAUUGGGAUCACCUUUGUCAGGUGAACUUUUUUAAGUACCUUUGUCAGGUGAACUCUUUUAAGUUCGUCCCUAUUUGUCCCAGGUUUAGAAAUAAAAACAGAACACAACUUGGUUAAUGGUUUAGUUGUUGUGGUACUUUGAAUAUUGUGAACAACAAUAUACUUUUGAGAUGUCCUAUUGAGGCCUCAUCACACAGAGGCAAAAGAUGAACAAAUGCAGUCUAUGAAAGUCCAUGCUUGUUAUGAGAUGAGAAAUGACUCUUGAUCAAAGCUAUUUCAAAAUCAGAUAUUUUUAUGGGUGUUGUUUUAACCUAUUUUCCUACUGGUUUGUUUCAUGAGGC